CGUCCGUCUGUCGGUGCCGACCCCUGCAGGAGCCGCCGCCGCUGCCGCUCUCCCUCCAGCUGCCCGCCCGGGAGCCUCGGCUCCCCUCCCUCCCGCGGAGCCGCCGCCUCACAGCGAAGCCGCCCCCUCAGAGGAUGCGACACUGCACAGUGUUGUAAUAUUGGAAGCAUCUGGACUGAAUGAACUUUAGUAUUAAAAGAAAUUCUCUAUCAAUAACUCAGAAAAUUUUAAGUCAGCUGAAAAUGAAGCAAGUUCCAGAGAUCCUUGGAAAUGCCAAUGGGAAAACUCAGAAUUGUGAAGUCAAUCGGGAAUGUUCAGUGUUUCUCAGCAAAGCCCAGAUUUCUACCACUAUACCAGAGGGUGUCAUGCAAAAAUUUAAUGGCCAUGAAGCUCUACCAUUCAUCCCGGCUGACAAAUUGAAAGAUCUAACCUCUCGUGUCUUCAAUGGGGAGUCUGGUGCUCAAGACACCAAGCUGCGCUUUGAAUCCCAGGAAAUAAAGGGAAUUGGAACACCCCCUCAUACUACUCCUAUCAAAAAUGGCUCUCCUGAGAUUAAACUGAAAAUCACUAAAACUUACAUGAAUGGAAAACCUCUCUUUGAAUCUUCUAUUUGUGGAGACAAUGGUCCAGAUGUGUCCCAGUCAGAAGAAAAUGAACAAAAACUAGAAAACAAGUCAAGAAGGAAUAGGAAAAGGAGCAUAAAGUAUGAUUCUUUACUUGAACAGGGCCUUGUUGAAGCAGCUUUGGUGUCUAAGGCUUCAAGUCCCCCAGAAAAAAAGAUUCUAGCUAAGAGAGAGUCAUAUCCAAACAUCAACAAAGAAAAAGAUCAUCUGUUGAAAUAUAAUGUUGGCGAUCUGGUAUGGUCAAAAGUUUCAGGUUACCCUUGGUGGCCAUGUAUGGUUUCAGCAGAUCCUCUCCUUCACAACUAUACCAAACUAAAAGGACAGAAAAAGAGUGCUCGCCAAUAUCAUGUACAGUUCUUUGGUGAUGCUCCAGAAAGAGCCUGGAUAUUUGAGAAGAGCCUUGUAUCAUUUGAAGGAGAAGAGCAAUUUGAAAAAUUAUGCCAGGAAAGUGCAAAACAGGCACCCACAAAAGCUGAGAAAAUCAAGCUAUUGAAACCUAUUUCAGGGAAAUUGAGGGCCCAGUGGGAAAUGGGUAUCAUUCAAGCAAAAGAAGCAGUGAAUAUGACAGUAGAAGAGCGGAAAGCCAAGUUUACCUUCGUCUAUGUUAGGGACCGACUUCAUCUUAAUCCUCAAGUGGCGAAGGAAGCUGGUAUUGCUGUGGAUCCAUUAGAGGAAGUAGAUGAAUCUUCAGAUGUAAGUGAAGAAACUGCUCAAAACCCAAAGCAUAAAGAAUUAGGUGUCCCUAUCAAGAGGAGGAGGAGAUCAAAAUUACCAACUUGUACUGAUAACCAGGAAAGUGAUUCAGGGACUAAAAACAUUACUCCUCAAAGGGCGGCUGAACAAGCAGAUUCAAAAAGAGGAUUGGGCUCUCCUGUUGGUAGAAAGAAGGCUGCGGCAUCUACUCCACGAAGCAGAAAGGGAGAUUCAGGGUCUCAGUUUUUGGUCUUCUGUCAGAAGCACAGAGAUGAGGUAGUUGCUGAACAUCCAGAUGCUUCAUCUGAAGAGAUUGAAGAAUUGCUUGAAUCACAGUGGAAUAUGCUUAAUGAAAAGCAGAAAGCUCGUUAUAACACAAAAUUUGCCAUAGUGACCUCUCCCAAAUCUGAAGAAGACUCUGGUAACUUACAUGGAAAAAAAAGAAACCAUACAAAGAGGACACAGCACCCUACAGAAGAUUUUGAAGUUCAGGAACCAGCUAGGAAACGACUGAGGAUGGAUAAACAUAAUAAUCGGAAGAGGGAGACAAGCAAUGACAAAACAGCCAAAACAAACUCUUCUAAGGUCGCAGAAACCUCUUCCUCCCUAAAGAACCAGUCAGCAACGAAAAAUCUGUCUGAUGCAUGUAAACCACUGAAGAAGCGAAAUCGGGCUUCAGCAGCAGAAUCUUCAACUCUUGGGUUUAGCAAAAGUUCAUCUCCUUCAACUUCAUUAACUGAGAAUGAGCUUUUAUUGGAAACAACAUCAGUCAAGUUGGACUUGAGCUCUGCUGCAAUGUACUGCACAUAAAAUGAUGUAAUAUUCCAAGAUGUCUGCUGCAAGUUGUACUAUCAUCGUAUAUACUAAAAUGACAUUUCUAUCACAAUCAUUUUAUGGAAGAUGUAUGAUACUCUGUUUUUACUGGUAUUAAUAAACACACACAAUGAAGAAAACAGAUACACAAAUUUUAAGACCAAGGUAAGAUGCCUAAUCAAGGUCAUUUAAUCAACCACAUUCAUCUCAUAAUAAAAAUUCCUUCAUUCCAAUGAUCAGCAUAACAUUCAAACUGAUUUAAGUGGUACCAUUAGGUUAUGAAACUGUCUACAUUGUAAAUGUGGAUGCAGUUCCACAUUAAAGACAGUUAAUUUUGUUAGAGGUGACUUCUACUAGUUCUUAGAGAUUUUUGUACUAGAAAAACAUUCACAUGUAUAUUGUUUUUUGCCCUCUCUCUAAUUAUAGUCAAGUAGUCAGUCUCUAUACCAGUUUAACCAGUGAGAUAUAUUCAAUGCUAUAGACAUAAACUAGUAUUUCACAUUUAAUAUGCAGGAAAUACUUUGUUCCUACCCUUUUUACUGAAAAGUUUCAACAAAACACUAAAUGCGGUAUAUUUUGAGUUAUUCAAAUGUUAAAGAACAUUUAUUUUACCAUAGCCUAUUGAUUUCAUCUAUAAAAUUAGCCAGAAGAUGCCGUAAUUCCAUUAACUACGUUGCCUGAUACAUUGCUUACUUAAAAUGAUACUAUAUACUAUAUUCCAAUAUUGUAAGCAUUGGUCAUUUGCUGUGAUAUUUCAGCAUGUUUGCAUGAUGAGGAAAAAUUGCUUAGCCCCUUCAACUGAGUAUCAUAAGAUAGGAGAUUGUAACAUGUUAUAUGCUGUUAAUGUGAAACAUUUCAGUGCUUAUGUAUACCAUAGUUAUAUCAGAACAAUAUUAACUUUCCUAAAAGCCUUUAACUGGUACAUAUGGAACACGUAAAAUAUAUUUUCCAACAAUUUUCCCCUUUUUAUUGAAAAGUUUAGAAAAUUACUUUGAUAUGUAAAUUACUCCAUUUAAAUCUGUUAUAUUUGAGGAUAAAAGGAAAACAAAAUCUAUUGAACAAUGACAAUUUUUGUUUCUCUGUCAUAUGAAAAGUUUAUGAGAAGUUCUAAUGUUGGGCUAAAUUAAAGUCAAUAGCAUAAACAUAUCAUAUAAAUCUAAGAAAUAAACACCCUGAUUUCCCACCAACAUUCCAAAAAGCUCAGAAAUAAAAUCAUAGCUCUCAGAUGAUUAGUAAAGUAUCACCAAUAUAAGAAAGUUCUUUUUAACGUUGAAGACUAUAAUCAUAAAAGGUAUUGGGAGGGAAACUAAGGGUGCCAUUUGAAAUGACAAGUAUGAAUUAUAUUUAUGGAGGAGGAUGUGCUAAGUAAUAAGUAGGAUAGGGUCUUUCACCAUUUACUGCCUUCCAUGUGCAGAGUACUAGUAGCAAUGAGGGCUAUUAAAAAAAUACAAAGCAUAAGUAUGGUCUAGUUGAAGAGAUUACACACAUAAAACAUGAAGAAUUAUUGUACCAAACCUCAUGAAGUGAAAGUUUUAUAAACAGACUACAUGCAUGGUGGGAAGGGGAACAUCCUUUGAGUAAAGUCACGAAUAGUACAAUUUGGAAAAUAACCAAAGGUUUUUAGAGGUGAGUUUAUGUUCAUUGGAAAGGACCAGAUAUAUAAAGUAGUUUGUACUUCCUUUCUUUUUUUUUUUUUUUAAGAUUCAUUAUGCUAUUCAGCCAAAGUAAUAUGUCAUUCUGGAAAAAAAAAAAUUUGUGUUACUCGUAUGUGCUAUCUGUAGAAAGGGGAUCCUUUUUGUACUACGGAUUCACCACAUAAAAUCUGUUUCUGAAGUAUCAACUCCAGUUGAUUUUCUUAGAAAUAUCUAUCACAAAAUAUAUGCCCUUUGAAGGGUUGUAAAUAUUAGCCAAAGGCAUGAUAAUACCUCACUGAAUCAUGCUAACAAAAAGUCAGAAGUGUUUUUAAAAAUCCAAUUUGUAAAUUAAAAAAAAAGAAAUGUAACGAUUACUUUGAAUACAUAGUAUUAACCUGAAUAUUUGAGUAAUGUCAUGUAGAACAUCUAUCUGGCCUUCUUUUCUGAAUAGAUAUUAUUUAGUAUAUGAGUUUUCUUUAGUAGCCCAUAUGUGGUUGAAAAUUUUGUUCUGACGUUUUGCUUACUAGCAAAUAGAAAUAACAUUUUAUUGUAUUUUAUACAUGCUAGACACUGGAGGAAAUUCAGAGUUUAGAUAAAACAGUACUUGUCCUUUUAAAGUUUACUGUUCAAUUAAGAAUAAGAUACAAACCCUGAUAACUGUGAUACAUUAUUUUAGGGAGUUGUAAGCAAAGUUAAUUGUUUAGCUCUUGAGUUCCUAGAGAGUUCUGGUAAGGUCUCAUGGAGGAAUUCAGCUUUCUUCACAGAUAUUACAAGUUACACUUCAACCCUAUCUAGAUGUAUCAUGAAUUCUUAAUUAGUGUCAUAAGUAUACCCCAUAUAAUGUUGCCCUAACCAAUGUCUCUUUACAUAGUACAUUAUAAUUUAAUCCCAUCCUAACAUUAUGAAACUGCUAUAGCCUUGUUUGACUGAUUAUCCAUUUGUUUCUAUAGAACUAUCUAACCUUUAGAAUAUUCUGCUGAACAUUUUUAAAUGGAAUCAGUUAACAUUAGGGUAUAUACAGUUAACAAAUUUUAUUUUACUCCUCUAUUUUUAUUAGUCUAUAUCCUAAGAAAACAUUUGGCUAGUUUACAUUAUAUCUAAUUUAGUUUAAAGAAAAUAUACUGGAAAACCAGGAACUUUUUUUUAAAAAGUCAAUAAAAAUAAGGAAGGAUACAUCUACAAAGUAUAAUGUGUAAUAGAAAAUUCAGUUGCCAAGAGACCAACAAGUCUUGAGUGUGUUCCUCAUUUCUAAUAUAUCUUCAACCUCUAAAGUGUUGAAGUUUAAUGAAAAAAACGAGUCCUUACUGUUGCUUUUCCCCAGGGAAUUAGAGAAACACAAUUCCUUCAUGGAAAUGGUAAUAGUGUACUGCAGCUUGCUUUUAUAGGUGAAUUAUUUUGAGAGAGCAGGGAGGCUUUAACUAGCCAAGCUAAAGGGUUAGGAGAAAGAAGCCUCAGUUGGUUAGGAAAUUUGACUCAAAUUGUUUGUGGUACCAUUGCUGCAAACAUGUUGAUAAUAUUUGUUAGUAAGUUUGGCUACUAAAAUGGUACUGUUAUGGCUAAAGCAAGAGCUUGAAAAAACUUUUAAAAAAUGUGGCUAAUUCCACCUAAAAUUCUCUUCCAAAAUCAAUAAAAUGAUUGACCUAAAAUCAUCCAUGAAAAGUUGCUCUUAAAUGUAAGAAUUCUUGCAUCCUCACCUAAUUACCCAGAACUUUCAAACAUACAUUUAAAAAAAAAACACAUCUAAAACUGGAAGAGACCUAAGAGGCCUGUCAAGUCCAACUCCCUCGUGAUAAUUGAUGAGAAAACUGAGGCCCAUGGAGGUUGUGACUUGCCCAUACAGAUCAUAUGCAUCAGAUGUGGAAAUCAAACCCAAGUAUUCCGACUUCAGGGCCUCUGAGUUGUUUUAUAUGAUACUACUUCCCUGAGUUUCAGGUGCCAAAAAUAGGCAAAAAACCUUGAAUUUUGAAUGGUAAAUCUCUCUCUCCUUCCUCCAUUAAAAAAAAUUUACUACUAAAAUGAUAGUAUUAUGGCAAAAGUAACAGCUUUGGGAAAUUUUUUUUUUUUUUUAAUUCUACAAAUGUCACAGAAGUCCUAUUCUAAAAGGUGAUUUGUGUGGCCACAUAUUCUGGUCCCUGACAGAAUAAAGCCUCCCAUAUCCUUUUCUUCCCUCAAAGUUAAUAUAAGAAAAAUCUUUUAAAGACUUUACUGUAAAAGAUCAACGUUGGAGAAAAUUUUCUUUAAAAAUGUAAGGCAGUUUUUCAGUAAUUUUCUGUUCUAGAUUGGGUGCCUCAGUAGAAACUUUGAAAUGAUUUUUUUUUAAUAUUACAAAGGUUUUCAUAGAUGUUUUCCUUUCUGCGUACUGAUUGGUAGAUGUAGAAAAAGUUCAUAGUGUCUUUUUUUACUUAGUUACAUGCAUGUUGCAUUCAUUUUGUUAUAUAUAUUUAGCCUUUUCUAAUUCUAAAUUAACAUAUGAAUUGGCUUAAAGGUUAUUUUAGAAAAUUCUAUAAGAGUUACAGAAUUUACAUUUGUAAAGUGUUUAAGGGGUUUACAAAGUGAAAUAACAUUUUUGGUUUUCCUUAGUAGCUGUUCUUUUUACCCUCCAAAUUUUGAUCCCAACUAAAUCAUUAUUGGAAGUGUGCAGGAACAGUGUGCAGAGUAUCAAUGAACCAAAAAAAAAAAAAAUUGCCCUUUAGAAAAUUGAUAGAAAAAGUAGAGCAGUGCAAAAAAAGACUACAGAAUUAAUGACUUAAUACUUCUGUCCAUCAGCAUUUAAUUAGAGAACCGUACAAGAAGCUAGAAUCCUUUUUCCUGUGAAUCUUAUCUUUCUCAAGACAGUUGAAAAAUGUUGCUGAUUUAGUUAUAAUUUCUUAAGUAUAGAUAUUCUUUCUAUUCAUUCAGAUUGCAGACCCUUUAUACCUCAGCUUCUUGAAAUACUUGCAUUUCAUUAAUAUAGUCUUCUAUGUGAUUGUCAAAAGAAAUUUACAUUCCUAACAACACUUAGGAUACUGGGGGUCUGAAUAUUAUCAAGAUACAGUUUCUAUCAAAAAAGCUAUUUUUUCCUGGCCCAUUCUCUCCCCACCCUCCUCUCAAAGAAAAAAGAUUAAUGAAUUUUCUUUUGGAACCUUUGGUUAUGAUAUUACUCUAUUUGAUCUAAUCUAAUAAAGAACUAUUAUUCCUAUUUGUCUAGGAUAAAAGAUUUGUUUUUAGUAAAUGGAAAAGAUGUUUGUUUUUGUUUUAGUAUCUUGUGUAUCUGAUGGAAUAGGGAAAGAAAGGCCUGCUGUGUUUUGGUUUAGAGUUUUUUAUAUAUGUUUAAAAUUUCACCUGGUAAUUCUUUUAAAAAUUUGUCCUGGAGUCUCACUAAUGAAACUUUUGCUUGUUCACCUUUCCCAAGGUUGAGUUUGAGAGCUUCUUCUAUAGUUACUACCAUAUAUUUCUAUUUAUAUAUAUGUAUAUAUGUAUGUAUAUAUAGCUACAUAUGUCUAUAUAUAUAUAGGCAUAUAUCUAUCUUGAAUGGUCAGAUUUAAAAUUUAAUCUUUGUUUCUUUUCUCAAUUUUUACAUUUAUUAAAUGACAGUAAACUUUUGAAGAAAAUUUAGGUAGACUGUAUUUUGACAUACAGUUAUGAAUCUGGCAUGCAGUACUUUUUUGAAAUUUUUUAAAUUGGGUUUUUUACAUUAGUGAAGUUAGUAACCAUUUUUUGCAGUUUCAUGUUGUAGAAAAUUCUAAGUAUAUUUCUUUUGACAUUUAAGUGUAAUAUUGAAUGCAGUUUGUGCCAGUAGCUAGAUAAGCAUGUCUUUUAAUAAUUCUUAAAAAUGUGGUUAAGUGACCAGUGAAAAGUAUUUCUCACCUAUCUUUUGAAUUUUUCACUUUUUAGAAGAUAGUGAAAUACAAAUAUAAUAUUUUUAUUAGAGAUUUUAUUUUCCCCAAAUUAUGCAAAUGUUACUUAUAAUUUUAUUGCUUGUGAAAAGAAUCAAGAGGUAGCUGGUUAAUUUGUGCAUUGCCCUGACAUUUUGUUAGUACAGUUGUAUGAAUAUAGCCUGUACUUUUCCACCAAACCUGGCUUUGUAUAAUACCAGAGUGCCACCUAUAAAUCAGGGUGGUGGUGGUUGUUUUUUUCUUUUUUUCAAGGUGAUUUUAUUUUGGAGUAUAUCUGGACUGGUAAAAUCUUAUCUAGGUGUUGUUUUAGACAUUAGAUAGAGAGACAGUGUGUUGUGAUAGAUAGUGAGCUAGCCUCAAGCCCUAGAAAACCUGGGUUCAAAUUUCACCUCUGACACAUGCUGGCUGUGUGAUCCCAGGCAAGUCAUUUAACCACUCAGUGCUCUAGGCACUAGGUGAGAAAGUGCCAACCUGGACUGAUAGAAGAAACAGUUCCUCACUGGGAGCUCCCUAUACCAAUUAAAUCACAGAUCCAAUCCCUAUCUAUAACCCUGUCCCUUUUGGCAUAUUCCGAAAUGUGAUCGGUGACUCUAAAAUCAUUUGCAAAUUUUAAUAACCUGCUUUAUUUAAAAAUAUUGAAUCUGCAAGAAACUUAUUAUUUUAAAUAUAAAGUUAGUGUAAAUCACUUAACUGAACCUUAAGCAUCUUAAAAUUAUUAAACUUCAUAAACUUAACUUACCAACUUCUACUAUAAAAGCAUAAUUUAACCAGGGAUUCAAGAAACCUAAUUUGUUGAUAUGUUCAUUGUUUUCAAAUUAUCUAGUAAUUGUGAUUCUAAAAAAUUAUAUAGUCCUCACCUUGUAAAGAGGUUUAUCAAAAAUUUAACUGGAUCUUAAUUCUUUAAAAACUUAAAUAAAAUGUUUUUGCAUUAAUAUCAAUUUAAUAUUGGCAAAACUAUUCCUAUCUUAAGUGGCUCUAUUGCUUCUAGAUAACUAUUUAAAUGUGUUAACUAUAUUCUUUAUCAGAUUGGUCAGGUUAUUUUGUAACAUUCUGAAGGGUAUUUUAAAAAAAAAACCACUUCUCUUCCCACCCCAAAAAUCUUUAAAUAAUUUGACCAGUUGACAUAUUAUUUGAUAACAGUUACUGGAAAAAGUAUUUCCUGUUUCAAGAAAAUUGCUAGAAAUUAAGUUUUAAAAUGGAAAGAGCUACAAAAAUCUAAGUACUUAAAAUAACUUUGAUAAAUAUGAAAAGCAACUAGAAUAGUCUUUAAAAUAGUCUUGUGUCCAUUCAACUACUACAUUUUUCUUUUUCCAAAUGCAUCAUAUUGGAUAUGGAAUAGUUCAUAUAUAUCGUAUACUGGGAUUUUGGGACUGUGUUCAUAGGAUCCAUAAAGGUGAAUUUAUCGUUUUCACAAUUGCCAUCUCUGAGUAAGUAAUGUUAUAUGAUAAAAUAGAAAUGAAGUCUGACUCUUUAGUAAAGAAACUAUAUCCUGUUAUUUAUCUGUCUACAUUUGCUACUACAUUUGCUAGUGAUUUGCUAAAUAGUCAUUGGAAUACAGCUCCCAUAAAAAUGAGUGGAAAAAGAGGGUGGAACACAUGGUACAAGUCAGAAAAUCCUGGAAUUGUACUUUUACUGAUUGUAACUUUGUAAGGUUUCAUUUUUAUAUAUUAUCCUGUAUGUAUAUCCCCUUCCAAAUAUUAGAAAAUUAACUUAAUAUUUUGUCUUUUAAAGUUUAUACAUGCAUUUAAAAAGUGUAUUCAGUGUUCUUCCUUAAACACACUUUGUUAAUUUUAGGAAAUUUCUUCUCCAAGUGGAAACAUGCUAACUUUUUCUGUAAAUUUUAAAUAAAAGGUGCUGCUUCUUCCUCUGUACCAGGACUGAUGUGUGUUUUCUGUCUCUAUCCCCACCCAUUUUUUUUCUGCUUCUAAAUUUGUUUGGAACUAGUAUCAACAUGGUUUAGUGGAUAAAGCACUGCCAGCUGGUUUGUGAGUUGAGAUUCUGGUUAAAGUCCCUUACUAUUCCUUAUUGUAUUUCAAUUUCCUUCUCUAGGAUGGUUUGUAAAGUGCUUUGAGGGCCUUUUCCCCACUGGAAGCUACCUAUGGUGUAUAAAAUGACAAUAGCACAUAAUUCUGUUUGUGUUUUGAGAGGCAGCCCCAGUAAGAAAGGGAUUAGCUUGUACCAACACGAACAGGACACUUUGUAUCCCUACAUGUAGGAAUGCUAUUAUCUUGAU